AUGUCCAACCUCACAACCGAAACGUACACCAUAUCCCGCCACACCCUCUUCAUCCCCAAACCCUACGCCCAAGUCCUCGCCAAACUCCAACGCUCCAUCAAAAAGGACACCAACUCCACCCCCCUCUCCCUCACCACGCACAAAGACAAAACCUCCUUCACAAACGAAGUCAACCCCCUCCUGGGCCCGCACUCCUUCAUGCAAUUCCACCUCCUCAACCACGGCGCCUGGCUCGCCUUGCACGAUCCCUCCGAAGUGCCCCACGCGGGGAAACAGGCUAUGCGGGUGAUUUAUGGGAAUCCGCUCAUUGCGAUUACGAUGUUGAAGGAGGAUGUUCGGGGGGGGUUGCAUGUGCCUGUUGAUGCGCUUGUUGUGCAGAGGUUGGAUGGGAAGGGGACGGAUGUUGUUUGGGUUAGGCCGAGUAGUGUUAUUGCGGGGUGGGAGGGGGCGAGCAUGGAGUUGAGGAGGGCGGCGGAGGUGUUGGAUGGGAAGGUUGAGGCACUUUGGGGGUGGGUUGCGGGGGAUGAGGAUGAGGGGGAAGGGAAGUUGUGA